CAAAGUGGAGAAGAAGGCCGAGAGAAUUUUCCAAAAGCUACGCCUAACAAAUGAGCGCCUCUGACAUAUUCUUGUCAUGGCGAAGGAGGCGGAGCCUGAGGGCGUGUUCAGGACGAGGAUGAGUACAGGUGAAAUGAGCUGACGCUGACAGUGGCAACGUGCCUGGACCGUACAGCAGUCGCGACAGCAGCUCGCGCACACCUCUCUUCACCACACCGACACCUGGACCAGCACCAUGAGCGAUAUAAAGAACCCUCCUCCCUACACCAUCCCAGUCGACGGUCAAGGGGACAAGGUGAAAGUUUACCACGUCCACACCCCCUUCAAUCCCGCCGUACCCGAGCAGUCGGCGUCUUCAGUGCCAGUGUACACAGGCGGAGGCGGAGGCCCGACUGGAGGCUACGGUGGCUCGGGUAGGAACUAUGAUAACACGCUGGGCCGUGUUUCCGGCAUGGCCAACUGUCCUAGCUGCCAACAGCAGGUGAUGACCAACGUAGAGUACAAAGCAGGGACCUACGCCUGGUUGAUGGUUCUACUCUUCAUCUGCCUGGGAUUGUGGUGCUGCUGCUGCAUCAUCCCGCUGUUGAUGAAGCGCUUCAAGGACGUGCACCACUUUUGCCCUCGCUGCCACAGACUGCUGCAUGUGGAGAAGAAGAAAUGCUGCGAUUGAACAAGAUGGCCGCCGACAAAAGGGGCGUAGAAAUAAAGACAACAGUAGCAAACA